GAGCUGGUAUAACCCUUAUCAUUUGAUGAAAGCUCAUUCAAGGUCAACACUGCACACAGCCUACUCAAAAGGAAGAGAAAUCAGCGAUGUUUCCUGCCCUGCCUCCUACUGCUUUCACCAAUGGCUCCCAACACUGACUCCUUAUAGGUUGUGGCUGAGGCCAUGGCACAUGUGAGAUACAUGCUUCUACCAAUCUGGCUGAAGAUCUUUCUAUUCCUAUGUGGAUGGUGCCAGGUGAGGCACUCUCAACACCAUGGUCCCACAGAAGUGGUGACUCCUUUGAAGAUAACAAAUGCUAGGAGAGGCAUGAGGCCUCCAAGCUGGACUUCCUAUAGGCUACAAUUUGGAGGCCAGAGACACAUUGUCCACAUGAAGGUCAACAAGCAUUUGCUGGCUAGACACAUGCCAGUGUUCACCUAUACAGACCAGGGUGUUCUCCUUGAAGACCAGCCCUUUGUCCAGAGUGACUGUUUCUACUAUGGAUAUGUGGAGGGGGACCCAGAAUCCCUAAUUGCUCUCAGUAGCUGCUUUGGGGGUUUUAGAGGAAUAUUAAAGACAGAUGGCACUGUUUAUGAAAUUGAGCCCAAAAGUUUUUCUACCACUUUUGAACAUCUGGUACAUAGGAUGGAUAGUGAGACUUCACCAUCCAUGAGAUGUGGAUUGACAGAUGAAGAAAUAGCAAGACAACUAAAAUUUCUAGAAAGAAAUAGUCCCCCUUUGAUGCAAAGUGAAUACUUGAACUGGUGGACCCACAAGAGGUAUCUUGAGCUGGCAGUGGUAGUAGACAACAAUCGAUAUCUUCAUCAUAAAAGUAAUACCACAAUGGUGCAAAAUGAAGUCUGCCUGGUUGUCAAUAUCAUAGCUGAUGUUUUAAAAUCACUGGAUAUUGAUGUGGUUGUAAUGGGAGUUGAAAUAUGGACUAAAACAAACCCCAUUGCUGUAGAUAUUAUUGACAUUCUCUUACCUGCAUUUUGCCUUUGGAAGAAAUCGAGCUUUAAUAAUCGCUUGUCCCAUGAUAUUGCACAUAUUUUUGUCAAAAAGGACUUUAGUGGCACAACUGGCUUAGCAUAUAUAGGAUCAGUAUGUGAGCAUGACUAUAAUUGUGGAGUUAUCAGUUUCACAUUUGGCAGUUUGUACGAUUUUGCAAAUACCGGGUCACAUGAGAUUGGUCACAAUUUGGGCAUGAUACAUGAUGAGGAUGAAUGUGUGUGUGGGGAACAUUUCUGCAUAAUGUAUGCAGCACGAGUGAAUGCAUUUAAAUUCAGCAACUGCAGUUACAAUAUGUAUAUGAACACUGUUGUAAAAAAGAGCUGUUUAACAGUUUCACCAAGGGUAGAGAGCAUCUUCAAACACAGACGCUGUGGUAAUAGGAUAACUGAAGAAGAUGAGGAGUGUGACUGUGGUUCCCUACAACUAUGUGAAAAAGAUCCUUGUUGUCAGUCAAACUGCACUCUGACACCUGGCUCUGUUUGUGCUUCUGGGCUUUGCUGCAAAGACUGCAAGUUGCUACCAUCAGGCACAGAGUGCAGAAAACAGGAAAAUGAAUGUGAUCUCCCAGAGUGGUGCAAUGGGACAUCUUUUCAUUGUCCAGAUGACAUGUAUGUGCAAGAUGGGACACCAUGUGUAGAUGGUGGUUACUGUUAUGAAAAGAGAUGCAAUGAUCGUGAUGAACAGUGUAGAAAAAUUUUUGGUAAAGAUACCAAGAGUGCAAAUGAUAGAUGCUAUAGGGAAGUAAAUACCCAAGGGGAUCGGUUUGGUCACUGUGGUUACAAAGACUCUCAGUAUAUACCAUGUAAUAUGCAGGAUAUCCUGUGUGGAAGAGUCCAAUGUGAAAAUGUGACAAAAAUUCCUCUUUUGAGUAGCCACACUACUGUGCAUUGGACCUAUAUCAAUGGCACCACUUGCUGGGGCACUGACUACCAUUUUGGCAUGACUAUUCCUGAUAUUGGUGAAGUUAAAGAUGGUACACAGUGUGGUGUGGAGAAAGUCUGCAUCAAAAGAAAAUGUGUCUCUAUUUCCCUUAUGAAAAGUCCUUGUUCACCUAAGUCUUGCAACAUGAAAGGUGUCUGCAACAACAGACAUCACUGUCAUUGCAAUGCUGGCUGGAGUCCACCAAAUUGCCUCCUACCAGGCAAUGGAGGUAGUAUUGAUAUCAGCUCACCUUAUGAAAAAAUGUUCAAAGAAGAUACAAAAAACUGGCUACUCAUUUGGCUGAUUUUUUUAUCUUCAAUUUUGCUAAGUGUUUUUAUUUUGUUUGGUAUGAGAAUGAACAAAGCUUCCAAGAAAUAAGAGAAGAAUGGUAUGGUUUCUUUAAAGAAAGAAGAGCAAUG